AUGGAUAUAUUGCUGAUUUACUACCUCUUUGAUUUUCUGCUGGCUGUUGGGCUUGGCUUACAAUGUGAACGAUGCAGCAGCAAAGCCAGUUCCUGCACUGGAGCCCCAUAUAAUUGUCCACAUUCUGAAAAGGCCUGCCUGAUCCUUACCAUAGAGAACAUUAUUGAGAACAAUCAAUGGUUCUCCACCUUCAAAGGCUGUGUGCCAACCAAGAGCUGUCCUUCUCUUUCCAUGAGUUUCACAUUUCCUUCGAAGCAUGAGCGAAGGACGGCCAAGUGUUGCUACCACGAUUUCUGCAACAAAGGAGUUGUGAAAUUGGAAGACACAAAGAAAACACGAAAUGGACUGAAAUGCCCAGGAUGCUUUUCAAUGAAUCUGGAAUGUCAAGCCACAGAGAUGUUAAACUGCCAUGGCCAGGAGCGCAAGUGUGUUUUCAUGGGUGUGACUGUACAACAUGAUAAUCAGAUCUUUGUGCAUGCUAAACGUGGCUGUGGGACCAAGCAAGUCUGCUGGAAUAAAGAACGCACAUUUGGCAUCCCUGGGCUGUAUGCAGAAAUUUGGAAGAAUGUUACCUGUUCUCAUGCUGCCAAGUGAUUUGAUUUAAUGAGCGAAGAGGGGCUAGUCCCUUACAUCGU